AUGGAGGCUGCCCCAUGGCCUGCAGGGGAGGAGGUGCCCAGCAUGGCACGGGAAGUGGUCCGCAGCACGGGUGGCUUUGCCUUGGGCUUGGCCCUGGCCACGGCCUAUGGGUUUCUAGAACUUGUGGUGGAAGGUCACAGCCCCUGGGGCUGCCUGGUGACCACCGUGACCUUGGCGGCCUUCCUCAGCCUGGGCAUGGGAUUCUCCCGCCAGGUCCGAGCCACUGUCCUCCUGCUGCUGCCCCAGCUCUUCUCCAGGCACGGCCGUAUGCUGCUGCUGCUGGCUGCCUUUGGGCUGGUGCUGCAAGGUCCUUGUGCCAACACCCUUCGUAACUUCACCCGGGCCAGCGAAGCAGUGGCCUGUGGGGCAGAGCUGGCCCUGAACCAAACGGCUGAAAUGCUGGAGCGGGCAAGGCAGCCCCUUGUCAGUGCUCUGAACAAGAUUAAAGCUAUUGCCCAGAGGGCCAAAGUGGUGGCUGACCGGGUGCGCAAGUUCUUCAGGUCGAUCAUGGAUGGUGUGAAACAUGUAGCCAGGGCCCUGCGGAAUGUGUGGUACUGGCUCAUCCACAUCGGGGACGUGUGCAACUCAGAGCUGGGCAACCCGUACACCAAGUGCGCCCGGGUUUUUGACAACGCCAAGGACAACUGCAUGAGGGUCGCACCGCGAGUCCACCACCUGUGCUACGUGCUCAUGCCCUUCAAACUGGUGCUCUGCGGACUGGCCAGCCUGGUCCAGGUGUUCUGUGUCAUCCCCAAGUACAUCCAGCCCUUCUUGAGGAAGACCAUCGGUACCCCCAUAAUAAACCUGAUUGACCGGGUACGUCAGGAGUUCGAGUUCAACAUGACAGCCACCUACCACUUCUCUGUGGACCUCAAUGCCUCCCGGAGCCUGUCCCAGGUGGCUGUGGACCUCCGUGAGGCCGUCAGCAUGAAGCUGCACAGCGUCAGAGAGGUCCUGGCUCUCGUGGGCUACACCACGCCUCUGCUGCUGACCCUUCUCUACCUCCAAGCCCUGUGCUACCGUUACUGUUACUUGAACUGGGACGAUUUCGACAACAUCUACAUCACCAGCCGCUUCCUGCGCAUGGAGGCGGUGCGCUCUCUGGCUGGGCUGCCCACGGUGCUGCCCCUGCGGCCGCACGAGGCCAGAACCUACAUCCAGCCAGGGUCCAUCUUCCUGUCCGAAUGGGAACAGAUUUUUUACGUGCUGGAGACCUUCAACCUUGCCCGCCACCUCCUCGUGGUGCUGCUCCUGGUCUUCCUGGACUAUGCUGUCUUCUGGGUGCUGGACCUGGCCCGCUACCAUCUACAGGGGGAGAUUGUUGCCCGCAGCCCUGUGCUAGUGUCCAUAAGCGUGGAAGGGACUGGCUACUCUGGAAAUAUUUACCGUGACCUGGUGUCGGCAUUCGACAUCCUACAACAAGGCAACGUCAGUGUAUUGUCCCGGCGCUGCCGCCUUCGUCCCUCAGAACCAGAUAGCACUGGAUACGUCGCCAUCGGAACCAUGUACGGCCUCUGCUUCUUUGUCACUCUGUUUGGCAACUAUAUCAGCAGGCUGCGGCGCGUCAUCUGUGCUUCCUACUACCCGUCCAGAGAACAGGAGAGGAUCGCCUAUCUCUACAACACACUUUUGAGUCGGCGAGCCGGCCUGCUGGCAGCACUGAAAAGAUCAGUGAGGCGCCGAGCAGCUGACCAGGGCCAGCCGAGUGUCGUCCAGGCGCUAGCCAUCCGGUGUCCUUGUCUGAGUCCAUGGCUCAAGCCAUUCUGGCAGCAUCAGGCCUACUGCCUGGGCUGUGGGCAGCCUGAAGACAGAGCGUACAUGGAAAACCUUGUGCCCUGCAGUACCCCAGGCUGCCCAGGUCUGUACUGUCGCACCUGCUUCCGACUGCUGGGAAACUCAUGCUCCCUGUGUGCCUCUCCCCUCUCCGUCCAGGGGGACCUGGACCCAGAGCUGGACUCGAGUGACGAGGAGGGGCCGGCUGCAGCUCCGAGGAGGGACCCCGGGCCGCGGCAGCAGCAGAUACUGCAACGAGGGCUGCAGGAAACACCGAGCCCGUCCGAGGAGGCCAGCUCCCAGUCCAGUGACCUGGACGAAGAAAUGGGGUCUCCGAGGAAGCACUGGCAGCCGCUCCCACUUGAAGCCCCUCAGUCUGCCGGCAUUUCCUUGCCCUCUGUGCUGGAACCACCAUCUCAGAGCACCCCUGCGCCCAAAGAAGACCCUUCCCCAGCGGCCUCAGAACCCACAGCCCCCGAUCCCUCCCACCCACCCUCAUAA